ACAAUUGAUGAUGAUGAAGUGUUUGAAAGAAUAACCUUGUGAAGUUAGGGUGAGUGUGGUGAAGAAGUGAUUAGUUGGUGGAGUCAAUGAGCAGAAGCAGAGAGAUUGAGCGCAAGAUUCUACGUCUCCUUCACGGUGCCAAAAACCCCACACAACUCACCCAAAUCCACGCUCACUUCCUACGCCAUGGUCUUCACCAAUCAAACCAAAUUCUCGCUCAUUUCGUCACCCUCUGCGGAACCCCUUACGCCACGCGCAUCUUCGCCCACACCCCCAACCCCAACAUUCUCCUCUUCAACGCCAUCAUCAAAACCCAUUCCUUACAACCUCCCUUCCACCCUUCAUUCUCCUUUUUCUCCCUCAUGAAGUCACGCGCCAUCUCCCCCGACCACCACACAUUGGCGCCCCUCAUCAAGUCCGCCUCCAACCUCCGCCACUACGUCCUCGGCCAGUCCCUCCACGCCCACAUCCUCCGCCUCGGCUUCACGCGCCACGCCUCCGUCUGCGUCGCCACGGUCGACCUCUACACCACUUGCGGGAGAAUGGGCGAUGCAAGCAAGGUGUUCGAGGAAAUGCGUGAUCCAGACGUCGUCGUUUGGAACUUGAUGAUUCGCGGAUUUUGCAGAACGGGGGAUUUAGAAACGGGGCUGAAGCUUUUUACACAAAUGAAAGAACGGACCGUGGUUUCGUGGAACCUCAUGAUGUCUUGUUUAGCGCAGGGAAACAAGGAGAGGGAGGUUCUUGAGCUUUUCAAUGGGAUGUUAGACCAAGGUUUUGAACCCGACGAUGCUUCCUUGGUUACGGUGCUACCUGUGUGUGCUCGUUUGGGGGAUGUGGAUGUUGGUGAAUGGAUCCAUUCUUAUGCGAAUUCCAAAGGGUUCCUCCGAGACGCUGUUAACGUGGGGAAUUCUCUCGUUGAUUUCUAUUGUAAAUGUGGGAACUUGCAAGCCUCGUGGGGCAUUUUCAAUGAGAUGGCUAAUAAAAACGUUGUUUCUUGGAACGCGAUGAUAUCGGGUUUGGCGUAUAACGGGGAAGGUGAAGUUGGGGUUGGCUUGUUUGAGGAGAUGGUGCGUGGAGGCGUAGAACCUAAUGAUUCCACUUUCGUGGGGGUUUUGACGUGUUGUGCUCAUGCCGGUUUGGUUGAUAGAGGGCGUGAGAUAUUUGGUUCUAUGAGUGUGAACUUUGGGGUUCCCCCUAAACUGGAGCAUUAUGGCUGCGUUGUCGACCUGCUUGGUCGUUGUGGGCACGUGAGGGAGGCUCUUGACUUGAUUACAAGCAUGCCAUUGAAGCCAACUGCUGCUUUGUGGGGUGCAUUGCUCAGUGCUUGUCGUACUCAUGGUGACAGGGAAAUUGCAGAAAUUGCUGCUAAAGAGCUGGUUGGUCUUGAACCAUGGAACUCGGGAAAUUAUGUGCUGUUGUCAAAUGUUUAUGCAGAAGAAGGGAGAUGGGAUGAAGUUGAGAAAGUGAGGCUGUUGAUGCGAGGAGGCGGUGUCAAUAAAGUUCCGGGGCAGAGUGCAACUGGAUAGUCGCAAUAAAUAACUGUCUUUUGGUGGACACAGACUAAAGAAAUUCCUCACCAUUUACAAAGUUAAUGCAUGGAUGAGGUGGGGUUACACAAAAUUGUAAUAUUGUGAAGAUCGGAGAAUGCCCUUGAUCUUGAUCUUGAGAGAGGAUCAUACCAUUUUUUGACAUUUCUUGGUGGAUUUGAAUUCAAAAGGAAUCAAUCAUCUGGACAUGGAUGAGUUAGAUGUGUUGAUUAGUUGAGGAGGCCACUGGACUAUUUAUCAUGUCUUAAGAGAUUAAGGAAUCAACUCAGUACUUGCUCUUUUGAUUCCCAGAGUAAAUUCACGUAGUUUAAAAUGAAUACGAAAUGAUUUUAAUGACAAUAAUUUUCAUUUA